AUGGAGCAUUCUUUGUCUUUCUCUCAAGUACGGGGUCAGGGUUAUGACGGGGCAAGUAAUAUGCAAGUUGCACUUGCUAAAAAGAAUUCAGAUUGUGCUUGGUUAUUUGUUGAUGUACUUGCACCUCUUUUGAACUUUGUGGGGGGUUCACCAAAAAGGAAAGAGUUUCUUCGUGAAAAUCAAGCUCAAAGAGUGGUGGAUGCUUUGUCUCUAGGUGAACUUGAAACGGGUUCAGGUUUAAAUCAAGAACGUGGAUUAGGUAGACCUUGUGAUACUCGUUGGGGAUCUCACUUCAAGACAAUCUUGAAUGUACUUGAUUUAUUCCCUGUAAUCCUUGGUUCUCUUGAGGAUAUUGCAAAAGUAUCUGAUACAAUAGAUUCUAAUAGAGGUCAAACACUUACAAAUCUUCUGAUGUCCUUUGAUUUUGUGUUUGUGGCACACUUGAUGGUUAGUAUAUUUGCUAUAACAAAUGCUUUGAAUGUGGCCUUACAAAGGCACGAUCAAGACAUUGUGAAUGUGAUGGCCAUGGUUAAUGUAACCAAGACUAAUUUGCAAAAAAUGAGAGAUGAAGGAUGGGAUUCUCAUAUGGAACAGGUCAUUUCUUUUAUUGGUGACUAUGACAUUGCAGUUCCAGAUAUGGAGGCUAAAUAUGUUGUUCCCGGGAGGAGGUUGUUUCGAGGUAAAUGCCCACAAGUGUCUAAUUUACAUCAUUUUCGAGUUGAAGUUUUUUUUGGUGUCAUUGAUCUUCAAUUGCAAGAACUUGAAAAUCGAUUUCCCGAAAUAACUAAAGAACUACUUGUGUGUAUGUCUUGUUUGAGUCCUGUGGAUCGUUUUUCUAAGUUUGACAAGGAAAAAUUGAUUAAGCUUGCGAAAUUCUAUCCUAAUGAAUUUCCAAGUUCAGAAUUGAUAGUCUUUGGUCAUACACUUGAGAGUUACAUUUGUUCUGUUAGAGGAGAUGAAAGGUUUUGGAAUUUGAAGGGUCUUAGUGAGCUUUCAAUCAAAUUGGUUGAAACGGGAUUGUCUGAAACUCAUGAUAGGGUCUAUUUACUUUUGAAGUUGGUGUUGCUUCUUCCUGUCGCAACGGCAAGUGUGGAAAGGUCGGAAAUUCCUGGGUCCGCCACUGACUACAACACACUUCACACAAAUGGACUUUUGAUGAAAGCUUGGAAUCACAUUUACUUAUGCUCGGGGAGGAAAAACAACAAAAAGAAGGGAUACAACUACGAACAAGAGGAUAAAAGGCCAAAGAAGUGA